UUUACUUUUAAUCUUAUUUUAAUCUUGUCAAAUGUCUCAAAAAGUUGACAAAUUCCGUCCUAUUCUCUCACCUUCACCAGUCGCCGUAUAGUUUGCGGUUUUAGUUGCCGCCAUGUUUAAUUAUGAUGGGAAUCAACUCGCUCAAUGGGCAAAUAAUGUAGCAAGAGCUCUAGAAACUGCUAAUGGCGCACAUUUAGCGCUGCUACUCCGCUCAAAGUCUGACAAGUUGGCUCUGGACAAACUCUAUUCUAUUGACGAGAGAUCAUUUUCUCAGUUUAUACAAUCCUACUUUGCCAAGUAUGACAAACGUAUCGUUCCUGGCAUCAGCCAGUUUUUUACCGACUAUCUCAAAUUGAGGGUAAUUAUCGCAGGGGACACUUUUUCAUGGGAAGAUGUUAUAAAGAAGGCGUUCAAACUGCUAGAUCAAUGGAUGGACAUUUAUCUUAGCGAGUCUGUUGUGGAACACCACUGGCUUGUGCCUCCCAUGUACACAAUUUGUAACAUUAUUACAAAGAUUGGAACAAUUGCUGAUAAAGUAGGAAGUAUGAAUCCAACUGCUCAGGACCUGGAUGGAGACGAGGAUAAGGACAAGUACAUGAAACAAGUCCUCAGCAAUGUACGCAGUAAGAUGGGAAGAGUUAGGGGAGAUGAAACGCGUCACUCUGCAUAUAUUGUCCUCCUCGGACAGUCUAUAAAGGGGUGUAUGCAGCUUGGAAACAUGCAAAUGGCUGCUGGAUUUCUAAAGGCCAUCGAGUCAACGACCAUAAAUUACGCAAGAGCGUUAAGAGGACCGCUAAUAAACUAUUGUUACUAUCUUGGAAAACUUCACAUGCAAAAGGAGGAGUAUUUUGAAUCUGAAGAACACCUUUCAUGGGCCUUUUCAAAUUGUUUGAAGGACAACAUUGACAUGCGAAGGCACAUUCUGGAAUGUCUAAUUGUGGUUAGAAUAGGUUUGGGGAAGCUACCUCCACUCGGGCUAUUGAGGAAAUAUGGGCUUGACCAUUACUACGACCUUGUGCACGCCAUAACCUCUGGGAACGUUAAAAAAUUCUCGGAUACCAUAGACACUUAUGCUGAUACAUUUAUUAGAGAAGGCACAAUCCUCUGUGUGGAGCAGCUGAAAUAUAUCGCCUACAGAACAUUUAUCAAGAAUGUGAAAAAAUGGUGGAAUACACAUGAGCCCACCGAGAAGAACAAUAUGCUUCCAAUUGGUGUCUUAACAUGUGCAAUUCGGACUACAAUGCCACAAAUGUCAGACAAUGAGAUGCUCUGCAUUUGCGCAAACAUGAUAAAACGAAGUUAUAUGAAGGGUUACAUAUCAUGGGAGCGAUUGACAAUUGUAUUUAGCGCAAUUCAGCCAUUCCCUCCGAUCUGCCACCAAGGAUAAUAACUUUGCAUAGC